UGGUGUUUGAGUCGCCGCCCUCGCUUCCGGCCCCUGCCGAGGGAUCCGACGAAGACCGCGAGCUCCCUGCAAUACCUGACGACUCCCGCCCGGUCAAAAGUCCACACUCCGCGUUAUCGCGACUGUCAAGGUGCCCCGCGUCCCUACUGCCCUCAGAGUUAACGUGUCGAGGCCAUAGCCCCUCUCAGAUUAGUCUCCGUGAGAAAGAGCAGCCUCUGUGAGAGACUCAUGGAGCCGUCUCCACCGGCACUGAGCGCCAUGGACCCGGCCGAGGUGCGGCGUCUAAUCAGAGGCGGUCAGCUCAGGGGCAGGUCGACGUCCGGCAUGGCUGAAGGCUUCACGCAGGCGAACUUGGUGGUGGUGGAGGAGUCUGUGGCGGAUGAGUUUGAGAGAUUCUGCCGCGCGAACGCCGGCCCACUGCCUCUGCUCUACCGCAGUCAGCCCGACGAGUGGGCAGCACCUCCUCUCGCUGCCCACUCUGACAUACGCACGGACUGCCCGGGCUACCGUCGCUACGAGCACGGGCAGCUGACCGGGCUGCCCGACUCCCUGCCCGCCCCGGGGCCCCGCCCGCUCGUCUCCUUCUACCUCGGCUGCAGCUUCUCGUUCGAGCGCCUCCUACUGGAGGCGGGGAUCCCCGUGCGCAAUGUUCAGCAGGGCUGCAACGUCAGCAUGUUCCGCACGUCUGUCCGGUGCGAGGUCGCGGGCCGCUUCGACUGCCAUCUGGUGGUCAGCAUGAGGCCCGUACCCGAGGCGAGCUUGGGACCCGCGUGCCGCCUCACGCACCCCCUCCAGGACGUGCACGGGGCUCCCGUGCACAUCGGGGACCCAGGACUGCUCGGAAUCCGGGACCUGUCCGCGCCGGAUUUCGGGGACUCUGUGAGCAGCGACCCCGGAGAUGUCCCCGUGUUCUGGGCGUGCGGGGUAACAGGGGUCGAAGCUGUGCAGAGCGCUCACCUGGCCCUGGCAUUCACGCACGCCCCGGGCUGCAUGUUUGUGACGGACGUGAAGGGGCAGAGCGCGGGGCCGGCGCCCGAGCAUCGAGAGGAGGGGGAGGAGGGGGAGGCCGGGGCCCCCGAGGUGGUGUGCGUGUCGCAGGACCCCCUCCGCUACAGCCUCGUGUCCGUCGGGGCGGCGAGCGCCGUGCACGCCCUGGAGCGGCACGUGCAGCUCGACCCAGGUUCUCGGGGAAUCAAGCACCUCCACGUGCCAGGGGAGCUGCUGCGCGCGGCGCUCUCCCUGUCACACUCGCGCUCCGUACUGCUGAUCACCGGCUUCCCCACCCACGUGACCCAGCAGCCCCCCGAGGAGACAGACGGCCCCCCAGGGGCCCUCGCCAUGGCCGCCGCGCUAAGGGCCCUGGGCAAGCGCGUGGCCCUGGCCACGGAUGCGCGCGCCGCCGGGCUCAUGCGUGACAUCGUGACGGACGCGCUGCGAGAAGGGGUCUUGGAUGAGGAGGUCCCGGUCGUGACGAUGGAGGGACGUGGCCAGGACGCGGCGCGAGCUUUCCUGCUGGAGGAUGGCCCGGAGGGGCCCACACCUCGCUAUGAUCACCUGGUGGCCAUCGAGCGCGCGGGCGCGGCGGCGGACGGGUGCUACUACAACGCGCGCAAGAUCAACAUCGGGCACCUGGUCGACCCUCUGGAUGAGCUCUUCUGGCUGGCGCGGGACACGCGCGGGGUCUCCACCACAGGCAUUGGGGAUGGGGGUAACGAGCUGGGCAUGGGCAGGGUGAGCGAGGCGGUGCGCGCUCACGUCAAGAACGGCGACGUCAUCGCCUGCGCAGUGCCCGCGGACUUCACCAUCACCACGGGGGUGUCCAACUGGGGAGGCUACGCGGUGGCGUGCGCCCUGUACCUGCUGCGGACCUGCGCCGUGCAUGAGCGUUACCUGCGCCACGCCGUGGGGGCCCCGGCCUCCCUGGAGCAGAGGCAGGCGUGGAGCAGAGCGCUCCCCUCCGUGCAGAAGGAGGAGGCUCUCCUCGCCAUCCUCGCUCGUCAUGGGGUGCGCAGCGGGGUCACGGGGACGCUGGGCAUGGAGGUAGACGGACUGCCAUUCCGGCCUACGCACUCCGACAUGAUCGAGGCCCUGCUGAAAAUCCUGCCCGCUGCCGCGUGACUUGGGUCACCGCAGCGCGACCCGGAUCUCUGCGCUGCAGACACAUUCAAAUCAGCGAUAGCACGAGAGUGAAAUUUGAAGGUGAACUAGAGUUUAGAUUUAUGCGGGUACGAUUGCCCGAUUUACGAACAUGCUAAUUUAUGUACACGUAUGCACAUGUACAAAUGAUCUUAUGGCGGUACUCCGGGGUACCAAAUAAUACAAAAUGGCCGAGGCAAUUAAAUAUUUUAUUUCUGGGACACUAUUUUUUCCAGGAGUGUACUUAACUCUGCGACUGAGGUACCAAUCAAUCCGAAAUCAGUGCUACUCCGUGAUGUCGAAACGCAGCGAGGACGAUCUGUCAUUUGUUGAUAAAAGCUGAACGUGUUUCAACGCGAGUGCUGACGAGGCGGGUCAAACAAUACAAUCGAUACAUUUUAAUAAACAUUUCCACAAAAA